AUGACCCGCCACAGCCGCAAGGCCCGCAACCAGGAGAUCGUCGUCAUCGACCUUGACGGCGACGACAGCAGCAACCAAGAGUGCCAAAACAAAGGCCGUGAAGCUAAGACACGACGGAGCUUGCAAAAUGAAUUACCCUCCUUUCAAGAGCAACCCCCUCUAAAAAAAAGGUCAACCCACAUUAACAGGAGGGAUAAAACAAAGAAAGAGAAGCUAGACACUGAUACUUUUGAAUUGUGCAUGGAGGAUGUUUGGUCAUGCAUGGGUAUUCAGGAAAAGAAGAAAGAAUAUGCGUACCUUAAUUCGUUGUGGUUUACUAUGUACACCAAGUGGGAUAAUAAAUCAAGAAUCCUUAAAUGGAUAAAAGCUAAGAAGAUAUUCACAAGACGAUAUGUAUUUGUACCUAUUAUUCUUUGGGGACACUGGAGCCUUCUUGUGUUGUGCAAUUUUGGCAAGACAAAGUACUUGGGUACUAAGAAGGGGCCUCGCAUGCUGCUACUGGAUUCACUUAAAGGGGCAGAACCGGGGAGGUUACAACCAAUCAUCAACAGAUUCAUUGUUGAUAUUUUAAAAAUCAAAGAGCGGGAAGAGUUAGAGCAGUUCAUAAAUGAAGUCAAACUUGAGUUUCCUAAGGUGCCACAACAAAGCGGGGAAGAUUGUGGUAUGUAUGUUCUUUACUUUGUGCACUGUUUUCUCGUAAAUGAAAAACUGAGAGAAGAUUUGAGCCAUCUGGAUGUCUUGUUCGAUCAAGAGGAACUAAAGAGUCUAGAGGUCAUACGCGAGGAUAUUUGUUCAUACAAAGAGAAAAUGGAUGCAAAAACUGCAGAGUAG